AUGAGCGAACAAAACAUAGAUUACGAUUUUCCAAUGCUUGUAAAGGACGGGUGGUGCAAGCAGGAGGUACUGCUCUUGAUUAAGUUGUUGAAUGAACAUCGUGGAGAUUUCCGCAAGGUCGGAGAAGAGAUGAGACGUUCAGCUCGUGAAUGUCGUAAAAAAUGGUCAUCCGAUCUAAGGCAUUUGACAACUUUUCCCGUGAGGCCUAGAUCGUGA